AUGUCGGACUCAGACUCUUUGACGAAUUGUCGCUUCUAUGAAGAAAAAUAUCCCGAAAUCGAAAGCUUCGUGAUGGUAAACGUGAAGCAGAUAGCAGAAAUGGGUGCCUAUGUCAAACUAUUAGAAUACGACAAUAUCGACGGCAUGAUUCUCCUCUCAGAACUUUCCCGGAGACGUAUCAGAUCGAUACAGAAACUCAUCAGAAUUGGCCGGAACGAGGUGGUUGUCGUGCUAAGAGUGGACAAAGAGAAAGGCUAUAUCGAUUUGUCAAAACGAAGAGUCUCCGCCGAAGACAUUGUUCGUUGCGAAGAACGCUACAACAAGAGCAAAUCCGUCCACUCCAUCCUCCGCCACGUCGCAGAGAAGACGAAGACACCUAUUCUGCAGCUGUAUGAAAACAUUGGCUGGCCGCUUAACAAGAGAUACCAACAUGCAAAUGACGCCUUCAAACUGUCAAUUACCAACCCUGAGGUGUGGAACGACGUUACAUUCCCUAACGAAGUUGUCAAGGAGGAACUCAUCUCAUAUAUCGGCAAGAAGUUGACGCCGCAUCCCACAAAAGUUCGUGCUGAUGUGGAAGUAACAUGCUUCAAGUACGACGGCAUCGACGCAGUCAAAGAGGCACUUCGAAAAGCAGAGGCCAAAAACACUCCAGAGACUCAAGUCAAGGUGAAGCUAGUAUCACCACCUCACUACGUCUUAACGAGCCAGUGCUUGGACAAGAGUAUGGGUAUACAGCUACUGGACCAGGCCAUCAAGGAUAUUGACGAGAACAUCAAGGAGGCAGGUGGCGGGUGUGUGGUCAAGAUGGCUCCUAAGGCUGUGACGGAGCAUGAUGAUGCAGAGCUCCAGGCACUCAUGGACAAGAGGGCUAAAGAGAAUGAAGAAGUGAGCGGAGAUGAAGAUAUCAGCGAGAGUGACGAGGGCCCCGAGGUUGCAUAA